AUGCGGUGGCAUGACGAGCCGGAUCGCCGAACAUUGACUGUGUUUGCCAGCUGCAGGGUCGGAGCCAUGGUAGUCUGGGCGGUGCAGAAGCCAUGGCUGAAGCAGAACCUCCCGUACCGGGCCAACUUUCCGGCCUUCCCGGCUUUGGGUGGUUUCGGCGGCGGUUUCGGCGGCAACGCCUGGCAGCAGCGGCGGCCUCCGCCCACCGUGCCGGCGGACUUUCAGGUGGACUCCAACGAACGGCAUGAGGGAACUUGUGUCUACUACCACAAGUACAGGGGAUAUGGGUUCUUGGAGCCAUCUCACGUGGGCACAAUCCCUACGAACAAAGUCUUCGUCCACUGGAAGCAGCUGACCAGUGAUGACCGGUUUCCCUUCCUGGUCAAGGGCCUACAGGUGGAGUUCAGCAUCAUGGUGGCCAAGGACUUCCGUCAAGGGCUCAACACCCUUCGGGCCAAGAACGUCACUCUCGCGGGAGGCGAGACCAUCGCUCUCCAGGAUGAGUUGGACGCCACAGAAAAGCAGUUCGUGGGUGGGCAGCACUUAAGGUAUACCGGCACCUUGAAGUUUUAUUCGCCCAGGCACGGGUUCGGCUACGUCAUGAUGGACGAAGGCUAUGACGUGGACGCCAGCGUCCCGCUCGAGCUACGUGUGGACCACGAAGAGGUCAAUGCUGCUGGGCAGCAGCCCGUCCAUAUGCGUGGUAUUGCCGUUGAGUUUGGCAUCUACCGGACGGACCGCGGCCAGUACAAGGUCUACAACAUGACCUUGCAAGGAGGUCAUCCCUUGACCCAGGAUGCGCUGGAGAACCGCAUCUCGAUGGGAAUGGGUAUGUACAGAGGUCAGAUCGCCUUCUGGAACUGGAGGCAAGGCUAUGGCUUCAUUCGCCCCGACCCAACGGCCAUCCUGCCGGAGAAGGUGGUGGCGCGGUUGCUGGAGCAAGCGGAGGCCGCGCGCCAGCGGGGCAAGAAGAUUGCCGAGGAUACCCUCCUCUACUUCCGGCGCCCAGAUGUCACACCCAUGCUGAUUCCACAGCAGGGCAUGCAGGUCGGAUUCCAGGUCUACAUUGAUGACAAGGGAGCUGGAGCGUGCGAUGUCACUGCGUAG